AACGCCGAUGCCGGCUGGAGCGAUGAGUCGUUGGAGGCACCGGCCGUUCGGCGGCCCCGAGGAGCGGCUGCUGGUGGCCUCUUUGCAGAUGUAUUGCUGUCCUUGAACAUUAGCCCAUUUGAAGACACCAGGGAAGCUCAGCCAUGUCCAAGUACAAACUUAUUAUGUUAAGACAUGGAGAGGGUUCUUGGAAUAAGGAGAAUCGUUUUUGUAGUUGGGUGGAUCAGAAACUUAACGGUGAAGGAAUGGAGGAAGCUCGGAACUGUGGGAAGCAACUCAAAGCACUAAAUUUUGAGUUUGAUCUUGUGUUCACAUCCGUCCUCAAUCGGUCCAUCCACACAGCCUGGCUGAUCCUGGAAGAGUUGGGGCAGGAAUGGGUUCCCGUGGAAAGCUCCUGGCAUCUAAAUGAGCAUCACUAUGGAGCCUUGAUUGGUCUCAACAGGGAGAAAAUGGCUUUGAAACAUAGUGAAGAAUAAGUGAGGCUCCGGAGAAGAAGCUACAACGUGACUCCACCUCCCAUUGACCAAUCUCAUCCUUACUACCAUGAAAUCUACAAUGACCGGAGGUAUAAAGUAUAUGAUGUACCCUUGGAUCAACUGCCACGAUCUGAAAGCUUAAAGGAUGUACUGGAGAGACUCCUUCCCUAUUGGAAUGAAAGGAUUGCUCCUGAAGUAUUAAAUGGAAAAACCAUUCUGAUAUCUGCUCAUGGAAAUAGCACUAGGGCACUCCUGAAACAUCUGGAAG